AUGCGCUAUCUUCCAACUGCUGCCGUUUUGGCUGGAGCAGGCCUAGCCUCGGCUUAUAGUGUCCCAGCCAACCUACAGCAAAUCUAUAACAAACACAAGACCGGAACAUGCCAGAACAAGCUGCAAGACGGGUUUUCCGAUGGCAUUAGCGGCCCCGGCACCUUCGCCUACUGCGGCGACAUCCAGGGAGCGAUCUUCCUUCACAGCUCCGCCAACGGCGGCCAGUAUGAUAACAUGGACAUCGACUGCGAUGGAGCGAACAACAGCGGCGGCGACUGUGCGAAUGAUCCCUCCGGCCAGAGCAUGACGGCGUUCAUGGAUACCGUGAAGCAAUACGGCAUCUCGGAUCUGGACGCCAACAUCCACCCGUACGUGGUGUUUGGUAACUCGGGCAGCUCGCCGACAUUUGAUCCUCAGCAGUAUGGAAUGGAGCCAUUGAGCGUGAUGGCUGUGGUGUGCAAUAAUCAGCUGUUCUAUGGUGUCUGGGGGGACACCAACGGUGGUAUCGCCACUGGGGAGGCGUCCAUCUCGCUGGCCAAACUGUGCUUUCCCAAUGAUGGCAUCACCGGUGACAGUGGCCAUGACCAGGACGAUGUGCUCUACAUUGGGUUUACGGGGCAGGAUGCCGUCCCCGGUGCUAGUGCUGCCUGGACUGCCCGCGACACUUCGACUUUUGAGGAGAGUAUCAAGGGUCUCGGUGAUCGCCUUGUUGCUAAGCUUAGCGCUUAG